AUGAAAGCCAUGAAGGCGAUGAAAGCCAUGAAGGCGAUGAAAGCGAUGAAAGCCGGCAAGGCGAUGAAGGCGAUGAAAGCCGGCAGGGCGAUGAAAACGAUGAAAGCCGACAAGGCGAUGAAUGCCAAUAAAAAGCCGGCGGCCAAGAAGUCGCGCAGUGGUCGGAGCAACUGGGACACGUGGCGAUCCAAGCGUGGCAUGGAGCCUACUUAUGUGGCGGUGCGGCAGCCUUCGGAAGCCAAUGAGGUUGCAGACGAUGCGGACCCGCUGAUCGCAGAGCCGACGAAUGGCAACGAGAAAUGCACGCAGACCCCGUUUUUUAUAAAGCGCCUGAGGCGUGCUCGCGACAAGCAGGACAGAUCUACAAGUAGGCCGCAUGCCGAUGGUGCAGCUUCCUUACAGGGAGAUCUGGAUGUGGUCAUCCUGAAUCCUUGUGGACAACGGAUGGUGGAUGGAUUUGGGCGAGCGCGCCUGGCUUUCGAUGCUCUUCUGCCUUUGGAAGCCGAAGCUUUGGUGGAUGCGGAGGAAGCCAAGGAGAUGCUACCUAUGAGUGGCCAGCGGAUGAGUGCUUGCAAGGUGGCGAAGAGGAAUGGCCAGACGAUGAAUGGAACGAAGCUCAAGAAGAGGAGCAGGUUCGACAUUUCCGACUACCAAGCUGUGUUAAACUGUUCCAUGCAGGAUGAUGGGAUGAUGGAUCUUGACGAGGAUCGACCUUUGCGAUUGAAUCUGAAAGGGAUUGGCCAGCCGAUGACGAGGACAUAG